AGGCCCAUAAGACAUCUUCGUCACUCUGAGUCCUAUCUCCUAAUCACCUCCUCGCAUCUCUCUUCCUCUCACCGAUCGCCAUUUCCUUUCUCCAACAACCGCCACCAGUCAAUCAUUUGCCCUUUGAUCUUCAAGCUACCAUGUCCUGUUUAGCCCUUUCUUUGCAACCCUCAAAUGGAUCCGAUAUCCUCCUCCAAACCCGUGAGUGGUUCCCACCCGCUCGCGCACUCAUCGCCACCUCCGCCUUCCGCCAAACACGCCUAGCCUUCUCCGCCAACAAACACCAACCAACCGCCACCACCAACCCUAGCAACCUUUCUUCCGACGAUUACUCCCUCUCUGCAGCCUCUGUCGACUCCAUUGCCUCUCUCGGUGACGAUCCCCUCGCCGCCUCCAGCGGCCAGCUGAUUGUCGGUGUUGAGAGCCGUUACCGUGUAGUCUACCGUCUAGUCAAUGGAAUCUACAUUCUAGGUGUCACAAUUGCAGAUGGCGACAACUCAGUUAAUGUGUUUGAGUGCAUCAACAUUGUUAAUCAAGCUGUUAGUGUCAUUGUAACUGCUUGUCGUGGCGUAGAUGUGACUCCAGAGAAGCUCAGCCGGAAAUACGCAGAGAUCUAUAUGGCAUUGGAUAUUGUACUACGAGGUGUGAGCCAUAUCAGACUUGCAGCUAUGUUAACUUCAAUGCAUGGAGAUGGCAUUGCAAAAAUGGUGCAUUCUGCUUUGGAUACGGAGAACAAAAUACGCGGAGCAGAUAGUUGGUCUAAUCUGGAAGUGCAGGCAUCUGAGCAGCAGGCUAGCAUUGAGGCAUUUUCGAAUGCAAGUUUUGAGUUGCCUCCGGAGACUAUUGCCGCUGGAGAUGAGGUGGCAGCGAGUCUUGCACCUGUUGUAAGUGAGCAGGAUCAAAAAUUGGAAAAACUUGAGGAACCUGAGGGGCCUAAAGAUCCGUUUGCUGCGAGUGAGGCAGUAAAUAAGCCAGAGGAGUUGGCUGGUGAAUUUAAAAAGGAUAAGACCCAGUCUAAGGAUUUGACUCUUGCAUUGGCAGGGUUGGAGGUUACUACAUUGCCCCCUGCAGAGGCGACGCAAGCAACACAUAUAAGCGUGGAGGGAUUUGAAGGGGACUAUGGUGGGAUUGAGUUUAGUAAUGAACAGGCUUCUUUGGGAGAAACAUUUGAAGGUUUCGGAGAUGCAUGGGGAGGUGGAUUGGAUGCUUCAGAGUUUGUGGGGCCGAAGAAAAUCCCCAAACAACAAGGUCUCGGUGGACUUGAAUUGUUGCAAACUGGUGAUAGUGGCGAUGCAGCAGCAGCAGCAGCAGCAGCAAAGGCUGCGAGUGGAGCUACAGGUACUCUUGAGAAUCUUUUGGUUCAGAAAACUGAAAUGAAGGGUCCUGAGAUGUAUAUUGUAGAGGAAAUUAAUGCAGAGUUUAGGGAAUCGUUGCUUGCAAGAGUUGGAUUAAUGGGCCUGGUUUAUUUGAGAACAUUGCCCCCUAAAACUGCUGCUGAUAAAGAAACUGAGUUUUCAUUUCGAGUUGAUAAUACAAGUGCUGUCAAGAGAUUUGUUAUGCAGGGUUCAAAGGUUAGUAGCCUAGGUAAUGGGAUGUUUCAUGUGAGGACAGCACCCUCUGAUGAGCCUAUACCAAUACUGAAGUAUAGUUUGCUGCCUAGGUUAACUCCAUUGCCGUUAAGGGUUCGUCUUACACAGCGCCAUAGUGGAACUUUACUAUCCUUGAUGAUCCAGUAUGUUUCAAAUCCAGAUCUUCCAGCACCACUCACUGAUGUGACAUUUAUUUUGAAAUUACCAGUAGACCCUACAUUGUUGAAGGUUUCGCCUAAAGCUGUGUUAAAUAGGCAAGAGAGAGAGUUGAAAUGGCAUGUGCCAGAGAUUCCACUCAAGGGUUCUCCUGGUCGAUUGAAGGCAAGAAUGCCUGUUGAUUCUAACGAGGGAGAGGUUGAUGAAGAGAUUGAGGUUUUUGGUUACGUUAAGUUUUCGAUGCAAGGAAAGACUUCUUUAUCUGGCAUUUGUCUACGGCCUGCUUCAGAGGGUAAGACAGACUUUUAUGAGGUUAGUCACAGAUACGAAAGUGGGGUUUGCAUGUGCAAUUGAUCAUUGACAUUAUGGCUGCUUGCUUACAGAUUGUUGUGUUUGUUUCUCUUCUUUUAGUUCCAUGUGUUUUGUUGUUUUCCUUUGCUUGUACCAUUCUUUGAUAUUGAGCUUGUACUUUAGAUUGAGAUUUGUGAAAACUUUGCUGUUACUUGUUAUUAGCUAAUCAUUUUAGUAAUGGAUAGUGAAUUUUGAUA